GUAGAUACAUACAAACAUGAUUCAUUAAAUUCUCACUAAUCUCCUUCAAUCUCAAUUUCUCAACAAAUUCCUCCCCCAAGAAUCAAAUCAAAAUACAAAAAAUACUCUUGUGGAAUGAUUGAGAGAGAUAAAUAGGCCAUGCAUGAAUCGUUGUUGUGAAAUUGUUGAUUUUGUUGAGAAAACAAAGAAUCUGUUGGUAGAUGAAAUCAAUGGCGACUUCUUCUUCUUCCUCCUCCAAAGCCUCGCUCUCCCCGCAUCACCCUCCCCACUUCACUCCGAUUGAAGAGGGCAACGAGGAAGAGGAAUUCUCGCAGGGGAGGAUGAGUUACAGAGCAACUCCGGCCAGCAGCGACUACACGCACUUCCCGACGCCGCUGAAUUCCGAGAAGAGCCGCCGCAGCAGCAGCAGCAAAACCUGCUCGUCAUCGGCGAAGAAGAGCGAUGAGACGAGCGGCGUGUCGUGCAACAAGUGCAGGCCUAGCAAUAGGGAGAGGUUGUCGGUUGUUCCGUUGGAGGGCAGCAACAACCACCACAGGCUUUCGAUGGCUAGCCCCAACGGCAUUUUCAAAUCUGUUUUAGCCUCUCUCGCGCUCAAGAAGAGCCCUAAGUCGUCGGAUUCGUCGUCGUCGCGGGAGGAGCACUGGAAGAUCGCCGUGGCGGAGCUCUCCAAUAAGCUAAUCCAGGCCAGCCGGCGCCGCGAUGAGGCCGUUCUAGAAGCUUCCAAGCUCAAGUACUCCAUGGCCGAGCUCGAGAAGAAGCUCAACAAGCUCGAAAUCUACUGCCACAGCCUGAAAUCCGAGCUCGAAACCUGCAAUUUUAACGGCAGCAAUGAGCAGCACCGAAAAUCGAUGAAUUACAAGCAAAUCAAAGUCGGGGAUGAGUCUAAAGUGAUCGAGCAUUUCUUGGUGUCGGUUUCGGAGACGAGGACGUCGGUCCGUUUCUUGGGCCGGGCCCUGGGCCUUCAGCUCCGACAGAUGGGCCCGAAAGUCUACGACCGGAUCGCUAUGCUUCUGCAGCCUUACGACAUCAAGAUUUCCAUCUCCAGGAACCCUCGGGCCCUUGUGUUGUACCUCGAGGCCUUGCUCAACAGAGCAUUCUUCGAGGAUUUCGAGUCGCCCGGGUUCCACAAGAGCGGCCCGAGCCCGAUUCUGAACCCCAUCGACCGCUGCGAAUCCAACUUUGCCAUGUUCAGCCGGCUGCAGGAGCUCACGUGGGAGGAGGUCCUCAACAAAGGGACCAGGCAUUUCAGUGAGGAUUUCAGCAAGUUCUGCGACCGCAAGAUGAGCGACAUUGUGGCUCUGUUGGGCUGGAAUCGGGCCUGGCCUGAACCCCUCUUGCAGGCCUUUUUCGUAGCCUCCAAGGCCGUGUGGCUCGUCCACCUCUUGGCUAACUCGUUGCACCCGGGGCUGCCCAUUUUCCGGGUCGAUAAGGGGGUCCGGUUCGACCCCGUGUACAUGGAGGAUAUGGGCGGGGACAAGGCUAGGAAACUCGUCCCCGCCAUGGUUCGCAUCAUGGUCACACCCGGUUUCUAUGUGUACGAUAACGUCGUUAAGUGCAAGGUGCUAUGUAGGUAUUACAAUAACAACAACAACAACAACAACAACAACAACAACAACAACGGGGUUACUGGUAGCCAUAUGUUGGACGCGGGCUUCACCCCAUCCCCGUCGUAGCCUAUCAAUCGAACCAAAUCCAAUAGGGAAAAGCUAUGUAACAUUUGUCUCCAUAUCUUGUGUCGAUUAGUGAAAAGCUGGGAUUUGGACAAUGAGCAUAUUUUGAAAUUGGAGGGGAAUACCGAGAAGUAGUUUUUGAUUGUUGAUACAAUUUGCAAGUGGAAAGUAAAAUGUUUGGAGUUAUGUUAUUGUUUGUUGUGUAUUGACUCGUUAGUUGGUCAA